GUGUCAGUCUGCGCAUGCGCGGCCGUCCUACACGUGUUGCACAAAAGUCUCCCCAAAGAAAGUUUGCGAGUGUUUGCCGGCCGGCCUCAUCGUUUUUCUCAGUGUCUCGGGACUUCACUCGCCUCCAUGCCGCCGACGAUACACCGCGGUUCGACAGCCGCAGGAAGAGCGCCGUCUCUCCGGGAUGAACUCGAGCAGCUCCUGCAUCAGAGGAUUCUGGUUCUGGACGGUGGAAUGGGAACGAUGAUCCAGCAGAGGAACCUGGAAGAGGAAGAUUUCAGAGGUCAAGAGUUCAAAGGUCAUCCCAAGAGUCUGAAGGGCAAUAAUGACCUGCUGAGCAUCACUCAGCCGGACGUCAUCUACAGCAUCCACAAGGAGUAUCUGGAGGCCGGCGCGGACCUCAUCGAGACCAACACCUUCAGUAGCACCAGCAUCGCUCAGCAAGACUACGGCCUGGAGGAUCUGGCGUAUCGGCUGAAUAAAGCGUCUGCUGAACUGGCCCGGAGAGCGGCUGAUGAUGUCACAGCUCAAACAGGUUGUAAGCGGUUUGUUGCAGGAGCUUUGGGGCCAACCAAUAAAACCCUGUCUGUGUCGCCGUCAGUGGAGAGACCCGACUACAGGAACAUCACGUUCGAUGAGCUGGUGGAGGCGUAUGAGGAGCAGGUGAAGGGUUUGCUGGAUGGAGGUGCUGAUGUUCUGCUGGUGGAAACCAUCUUUGAUACAGCUAAUGCAAAGGCGGCUUUAUUUGCAAUCGACAGACUGUUUGAACAGACUAAUGAACCUCGACCGGUGUUAAUUUCCGGCACUAUCGUGGAUAAGAGCGGACGCACACUCUCAGGUCAGACGGGCGAGGCGUUCGUCAUCAGCAUGUCUCACGCUCAACCGCUGUGCAUCGGCCUGAACUGCGCUCUGGGAGCCAGUGAGAUGCGGCCCUUCAUCGAGGCCAUCGGGAAGAGCACAGGCGCCUUCGUCAUCUGUUACCCGAACGCUGGGCUUCCCAACACAUUCGGAGGCUACGACGAGACGCCCGAGGUCACAGCGGGGCAUAUAAAGGAGUUCGCUGUGGACGGUUUGGUGAAUAUUGUUGGCGGCUGCUGCGGAACGACACCCGAUCACAUCCGGGCGAUUGCUGAAAGCGUGCGUCAUGUGAAGCCCAGAGUUCCUCCCACAGACGUGUUCAGGGAUUAUAUGCUCCUGUCAGGUCUGGAGCCGUUCAGGAUCGGCCCGUACACAAACUUCGUGAACAUCGGUGAGCGCUGCAACGUCGCCGGAUCGCGCAGGUUUGCCAAGCUCAUCAUGGCGGGACAAUAUGAGGAGGCGUUGAGCAUCGCUAAAGCCCAGGUGGAGAUGGGCGCUCAGGUUCUGGACAUCAACAUGGACGAGGGGAUGCUGGACGGAUGCGCUGCGAUGACCCGCUUCUGUAACCUGAUCUCCUCUGAGCCCGACAUCGCCAAGGUGCCGCUGUGCAUCGACUCGUCGAACUUCGCCGUGAUCGAGGCGGGUCUGAAGUGCUGUCAGGGCAAGGGCAUCGUGAACAGCAUCAGCCUGAAGGAGGGCGAGGAGGAGUUCCUGCGGCGUGCCCGUCUGGUCCGUCGCUACGGCGCCGCGGUGGUCGUCAUGGCCUUCGAUGAGGAAGGACAGGCGACUGAAACGGAUCAGAAGGUGCGGAUCUGUACGAGAGCCUAUCAGCUCCUGAUCAGUGAGGCGGGCUUCAACCCCAAUGACAUCAUCUUUGACCCGAACAUCCUGACCAUCGGCACCGGCAUGGAGGAGCACUGCAUGUACGCCAUCAACUUCAUCAAAGCCACACGCACCAUCAAGGAGAGUCUGCCGGGCGCGAGGAUCAGCGGUGGCCUCUCCAACCUCUCGUUCUCCUUCAGAGGGAUGGAGGUCAUCAGGGAAGCAAUGCAUGGAGUGUUUCUCUACCACGCCAUCAAGGAUGGCAUGGACAUGGGGAUCGUGAACGCUGGUAAUCUGCCGGUGUAUGACGACAUCGAUAAAGAGCUCCUGCUGCUCUGUGAGAACAUCAUCUGGAACCGAGACCCAGACGCCACAGAGAAGCUCCUGCUGUACGCUCAGAAUAACGCUAAAGGAGGAAAGAAGGUGGUUCAGACGGAUGAGUGGAGGAAGAGCAGCGUGGAGGAGCGGCUGGAGUACGCACUCAUCAAGGGAAUAGAGAAGCAUGUGGUGGAGGACACGGAGGAGGCUCGUCUUCAGUCGGAGCGGUAUCCACGGCCGCUGCACGUGAUCGAGGGGCCGCUCAUGAACGGCAUGAAGACGGUCGGAGAUCUGUUCGGGGCCGGGAAGAUGUUCUUACCUCAGGUACUGGAGACACACACACUGAUGAUGAUGAGGAAGAUGAUGGUAUCAACUCAUAUUGAUUAGCUCGCUUACAUCAGC